GUUUAACAGCUCGGAAUGAAAUUCUCCAAAAUAUGAAGAACGACAUUUAUUAGUUUUUUUUGAAUUUUUCAUAAUUGGAAUAAGUUUGGUUAAAUCUAUAAAUAUAUAUUCGGCAUAAAAACUUAUCACGCAAACACCUACAGCAAUGAUGACCACAGAAAUGAUCACAGACCAUUCUUAUAUCCAGAUUUUACUCACCAAUUUAAUAAAAUACGUGAAUUUGUUAAAGAAUUAAAUUUUAAAAAAUAAUAAUUUUUUUUAAUUGAAUAAAUUUUUUUAUUUUUAAUUUUUUUCGAUUUUUAAUGAUGUUUUUUAAAACAUUUUUAUUAUCUUUUAAUUAUUAUUAAAAAUAAUUUAAAAAAAAACUUGGAUUUGUUUGAUUUUUAUUUAAUUAAAUUUUUAACUAAUUUUAACUUUGGGUGUGCGCCAAAAUGUUUUCUUAACUUGCGAAAACGCCAAAAUUAAAUAUUGGCGUUUUUCCACGUUAUAAAAAUAUUUUAGCGCACAGCUAGAAAUGAAUAAAUUUUAAAUUAAAUUCCGAAUUUUUAGUUAAUAAAUAAGCAAAUCCAAUUACUGAUUUUUUAAAUUUAAAUUUUCUUUCAAGAAAUGUCACAACAAAGACAAUUACGUAAUCAAGUGAUUCAACUUUAUCGCACGCUUUAUUUUAUGGGAAAGGAAUACCCAAAAGGCUCUCUCUGGUUCCAUCAAAGAUUAAAAAAUGCAUUUAUUCGAAAUAAAGAAAUUGAAGAUGAGGAGAAGAUAAAAGAUUUAAUUAAAAGAGGGGAUUAUGUGGUUAAAGAAUUGGAAAGUUUAUAUCAAUUGAGGAAAUAUAGAGCACUCAAAAGUCGUUAUUAUGAUUGA